GUGUCGUAAGGUCCCUUCCGGUCCGUUCCUGGCGGCGGCUCCUCAGAAACUGUCCCCCUCCCACCCCCGGGAGAGCAAAAAUGGAUUCUCCGGAAGUAACAGAGCUGCAGCAAGAAGUGAUGGAGGAGUUGGGGAUCUCUAUGGAAGAGCUCCAGCAAUUCAUUGAUGAGGAGCUGGAGAAGUUUGAGUGUGUGAAGCAGCGGAAACAGCAGCUGGAAGAGCUGGAAAAGAACGUGGAACAGAAAGAAGCAGAAGUUGCAUAUGUCGACCAGCUCUUCGAUGAUGCUUCAAGAGCCAUUGGUAAAUGCGAGAUACUGGUAAAAGAUCUCUACUCCAAGCUGGGCCUUCAGUAUCGUGAGAGCAGCUCUGAAGAUGAGGACUCAGCUUCCAAGCCCACGGAAGUGAUCGAAAUCCCAGAUGAGGAUGACGACGAUGUUAUGAGUAUUGAUUCGGGUUGGAAGCACAGUGAUACAAGUAACAGAAUCUCAAAGGAUCAGACGCUGCUUCGAGAAGCCAUGGCUGCAAUGAGGAAGUCUGCCCAAGAUGUUCAGAAAUUUAUGGAAGCUGUUAACAAAAAAACAAACGCCCAGGACUUGCAAAAGGAUGGGCUGUCCUCUCCACCAAUCUCUGGUGGCGUGUCCCAGCAGGUGAGCUCUGCGCUUGCUGGGGGUGACCUCAGCAAUGACGGUGACCUGGUGGUUGGUAUGCGUAUCCUAGGCAAGAAGAGGACCAAGACGUGGCACAAAGGAAUUUUGAUUGCAAUCCAGGCAGUAGGUGCUGGUAAGAAGUUCAAAGUGAAAUUCGACAACAAAGGGAAGAGUUUGCUUUCUGGCAAUCACAUUGCGUAUGACUAUCAUCCCUCUGCUGAGAAACUCUACGUUGGAAGCCGGGUCGUGGCCAAAUACAAGGAUGGGAAUCAAGUCUGGCUCUAUGCUGGUAUUGUGGCCGAAACACCGAACAUGAAGAAUAAACUGAGGUUCCUGAUCUUCUUCGAUGAUGGCUAUGCUUCUUACGUCACUCAGUCGGAGUUAUACCCGAUCUGCAGGCCACUAAAGAAGACCUGGGAAGACAUAGAAGACGUUUCCUGUCGUGAUUUCAUAGAGGAGUACAUCAGUGCCUACCCAAACCGUCCCAUGGUAUUGCUGAAGAGCGGCCAGCUGAUUAAAACAGAAUGGGAAGGGACCUGGUGGAAAUCCAGAGUGGAAGAAGUGGAUGGCAGUCUGGUCAAAAUCCUCUUCCUGGAUGACAAACGCUGUGAAUGGAUUUACCGUGGUUCCACGCGCCUGGAGCCUAUGUUCAGCAUGAAAACCUCCACGGCUUCCACUCUGGAAAAGAAACAAGGAGGGCAGAUGAGGACUCGUCCCAAUGUUGGUGCUGUGAGGAGCAAAGGGCCCGUAGUACAAUACACGCAAGAAUUAACAGGAACCAGCACCCAGUUUAAACCUAUAGAACAAAUCCAAGCAAUGUCUCUAGCUGCACCGUCUGUUUCCCCACAGCCUGCUGAGAUGGAAAGCCCCGAAAGUCAGCUGGCUCAGUCCAGAAAGCAAGUGGCCAAGAAAAGCACGUCCUUCCGUCCUGGCUCUGUGGGGUCUGGACACUCUUCACCUCCUUCUCCUGUGCUAAGUGAAACUCCUCCCAUGGGAAAAGCUGCAGUGAACCAGCAGUAUCGUGGAAGCUAUUCCAGUGGCCAGCCAGGCAGCAGCGCGGUGCAGCCAUUCCAUGGCAUGAUGGACCGGGUGCCCAAUGAGCCCUCCUACCGGGCCCCGAUGGAGAAGCUCUUUUACCUGCCCCACGUCUGCAGCUACACCUGCCUGUCGCGGGUCCGCCCCAUCCGGAGCGACCAGUACCGCAGCAAGAACCCCCUCCUCAUCCCGCUUCUCUACGACUUCCGGCGCAUGACUGCCCGCCGCCGCGUCAACCGCAAGAUGGGCUUCCACGUCAUCUACAAGACGCCGUGCGGGCUGUGCCUGCGCACCAUGCAGGAGAUCGAGCGCUACAUCUUCGAGACGGACUGCGACUUCCUCUUCCUGGAGAUGUUCUGCCUAGACCCCUACGUGCUGGUGGACCGCAAGUUCCAGCCCUACAAGCCCUUCUACUACAUUGCAGACAUCACCAAAGGCAAGGAGGACGUGCCGCUGUCCUGCGUCAACGAGAUAGACACCACCCCUCCACCGCAGGUGGCUUAUAGCAAGGAGCGCAUCCCGGGGAAAGGGGUCUACAUCAACACCGGCUGGGAGUUCCUCGUGGGUUGCGACUGUAAAGAUGGCUGUAGAGACAAAUCUAAAUGUGCCUGCCACCAGCUGACAGUCCAAGCGACAGGCUGCACCCCCGGUGGGCAGAUCAACCCCAAUUCUGGCUACCAGCACAAGAGGCUGGAGGAAUGCCUCCCCACAGGAGUCUAUGAAUGUAACAAGAGAUGCAAAUGCAACACGAACAUGUGCACCAAUCGCUUGGUACAACAUGGACUCCAAGUCAGACUCCAGCUAUUCAAGACUCAGAACAAAGGCUGGGGAAUCCGCUGCCUGGACGAUAUUGCCAAGGGCUCUUUCGUCUGCAUCUAUGCAGGGAAAAUCCUGACAGACGACUUUGCCGACAAAGAAGGGCUGGAGAUGGGGGACGAGUACUUCGCCAACCUGGAUCACAUCGAGAGCGUGGAGAACUUCAAGGAGGGCUACGAAAGCGAUGCCAAGUGCUCCUCCGACAGCAGCGGCGUGGACCUGAAGGACGAAGAGGAAGAGAACACCGGCACCGAGGAGCAGGAGGAGUCCAACGAGGACAGCUCCGACGACAACUUCUGCAAGGACGAGGAUUUCAGCACCAGCUCGGUGUGGCGCAGCUAUGCCACCCGCCGGCAGACCCGGGGCCAGAAGGAGAACGGCCUGUCUGAGACAGCCUCCAAGGACUCCGGCCUCACCAGGCAGAUCAGCCACGACGAGGUCGCUGUGGCCGCUGCCUGCAAACUGCCCGUGUCCGAGGAGACCUCCAAAAACAAAGUGGCCUCUUGGCUGAGCUCCAACAGCAUGUCGGACAGCUUCCAGGACAACGAUAGCGCCUCCUCGUUCAAGAUGAACGAGGCCAGCGAGGUCAAGGCAGGCAAAGUGGAAGUCCUGGGUGACCGAGAGAAGCCCUCCACUUCUGGGCUUGGAGGCAAGGAGGCCUUUGGCUUGGAUGCCGACUCAAAGAUGCAGAAGAAGGAGGAAUCUGAAGAGCCAAACAAGCUUUCGAUGGCAUCCGAGCCCGGCAAGGUGUAUGGCUAUAAUCCAAGCCCCAUGAAACUCGAGGGGAUCCGGAGGCCACCAAGCAAGACCAUCAUGCAUCAGAGCAAAAGGCACUUGGCUCCUCCCCAGCAAGCAACUGACGAUGUGCUGACGCUGUCAAGUAGCACGGACAGCGAGGGGGAGAAUGGCCAGCCGGCAGCAGGACAAGCACAGGGCAACACGAAUGAUAGUGAUGACAUCCAGACUAUUUCCUCUGGCUCAGAGGAAGAGGACAUCGACGACAAGAAGAAUUCCUCUUCCGGUCUAGGCCCUGUGAAGAGGCAAGUGGCAGUGAAGUCCACACGGGGUUUUGCCCUCAAAUCGACUCACGGGAUCGCCAUAAAGUCGACCAAUAUGGCAUCAGCUGACAAGGGGGAGAACAUGCUAGUGCGCAAAAACACCCGCCAGUUUUAUGACGGCGAAGAGUCCUGCUAUAUCAUUGAUGCCAAACUCGAAGGGAACCUCGGCCGUUACCUCAAUCAUAGCUGCAGCCCCAAUCUGUUUGUGCAGAAUGUCUUUGUGGACACACAUGAUCUCCGUUUCCCUUGGGUUGCCUUCUUCGCUAGCAAGCGGAUACGAGCCGGGACUGAGCUGACCUGGGACUAUAACUACGAGGUAGGCAGCGUGGAGGGCAAGGAGCUCCUGUGUUGCUGUGGCGCUAUCGAAUGCCGCGGCAGGCUGCUCUAACCACGCUGGUGCCCGCCGCGUGACGGACAGGGGCUGCUGGCCCUGGAUUCCCCAGUUGCUCUGAGCCAGAACAAGGUUGAUUCUCAACCACAGGCAUUAUCCCUCCCCUCCCCGCCCCGCCCAACCCUUUGUCUGUGAGGGUGACGUCCUGUGUUUCAUCUCGAGCGGUUUCUAAUUACACCGCGUUGAUUUGUAAUUGUAGCUGUUACAAGGCUGGUUACAGUAACUUGGAGCUGCCCCGUUCACUUGAAAAUACGCUCACAGGUACACAGACCACAACACUAUCAGGCUAACACAGGGGUCGCUUGGCUUUGUGCGUAGGGCUGAGAUGGACAGCAAUGUUCCCAGCGUGCUACUGCCUUGGUGUGGAGCUCUGUCUGUGCUGGGUGAUGCAAUGAUCAGGCAUUCAGCUACUCUGAGACUUAAUACCUGUCAGCGUGACAGCUCAAUUCAAGGAUGAAACACACUAGGCAGGCACUACAGAAGGGGCCCCUGCUUUGCCAUCCUACAGCCAGCCUCUGUUGCACCCAAGUCUGCCAUGUCAAAUCCCCCAUCCCCAAAAAACUAGGGCAACUACAGUUAGAAGUGGUGCCCUCUUAUUAAAACUAUUUCAACAAAAGAAACAUUUCAGAGAGGCCAGGGGUAGAUCAUCCAAUCCAGGAACUGUAUUGGGAUUUUCCUGGGGUAUUGCUGAACAUGCUGUUUAAAAAAAAAAAAAAAAAAAAAUGACCAAAAAUAAAUACCUCCCCCCUGCAGUACAGCAUGAACUUGCAAGUGGCUUGGGGCCUGCUUUUGGGAAAGCAUCACUUCCAGGAGUGGAUUUAGACAGAGGCAAGCUGUGGGCUCAGGUAGUGGGCGAACAGGAGUGAGCACAUGGGAUUUUGCCUAGGAAUUGGACACUGGGACUAACAAUCACUUGUCUGUUAGUGAACAAACCUAGGUCUUUAAGGCACUGCCAGAGCCCCUUAUGGCUUGUACAGCAUGAGGCUUCUACGCAGCGGCUCCCAUAUGAUACAGAAGUGGAGGGAAUAAGAUCAAACUUAAUUGUAGCAAGGGAGGCUGUACCUACCAGUGCUUAUAAAAUACUCAAAGCAGGCAUGAUUAACUCUAGCCCAUAACUCCUCUGACUUCAGUAGAGCUAGACCAAAGCUGAUAAAGGCAGUUACUUGGAGAACCCUUUGUAGUAGCCAUGUUGGUUCUAGAGCAUGAGCACGUCAAGACAGGUGAGGUCAUAUUUUAGGAGACCAACUUCUCUCACCCUGACGAGCUCGAGGAAGCAAGAAGGGUAUGAAACCAGAGUUAUAGGAGACGGGUGCUCAGUCACACAGCUGAGGAUGCUUAGAUUGUUCUAGGGCUAAGUUACAGCUCCAUCAAAUAGCAGACUAACUUCUUCUGUAGCACCAGGACUAUGGCACACUACCUCUUAGAGCUUUGCAUGACAACUGCCCUCCUCAGGGCAGUACAUGGCAAAUUCCUUCGCCCAGCCUUCCCUGCGGCUAGCGAUGCCAGGGCACGUAGCUCACAACGGAAACAGAUCUAAAAAUAUCUGCUCCGAGAACGGUGCAUCGAAUGGCAGCUGCAGGUUUACCUGAGGAGCUUGAUCUCCUGGGGAUGGAAAGAGGCUGUUACACCCCCUCCACACAACCUGGCUUUAGCAGGGUGAACAAUCACACAAAAAACCACAGCUCAUUAUGUCGGGGGCAUGUAAUUUAUUUACAUAUGUACCCAAGAUACAGAACAGGGAGUGUCUCCUCCUAAAACGCUCUUCAAGUAGGGUAUCUAGCAAUGGAAACUGCAGGGGUAAAAUCCAAGUCACUUUCAAAGUGACAGUAACUAAUUCUAGUGGGGCCUGGGCUGCUAGAGGGGACAUACCUGCUGCCACGCACACAGUCUAUUUGGACCUGCUCAUGGGGUUUCUCAGGGGCCAGUCUAAGCUUUCCAAAACCAAAGGGUUAUGGCUGCGGGUGAAGCUAAAAGCUGCUCCUUUCCUUAAAGCAAACACGUGAUUUUAGGCCUCUUUUUGCAGGUGGAGGCGCUGUAGCCCUGUCCAGGUCCCUGCACAUCCAAAGGGGUUGAGUGACUUCCUUGUAAGGGGUCUCUUAUUAAACUAAACCGAGCUUAUAAAGAGCUGCACUUUACCAUCCUAAACCCGUAGCAGGUUCUACUCAACUCAGCCUAGCGCAGCAUGUUUAGCUUAACACACUUUGGAUCGUGGGCAUUGUCACCACGAAUCUGCCAGAACCACCCCAUCAGCACAUGGCACCUGCCGGAGCCUCUAGGGGAGAUCCCUAGGCACCAGCUGUCAAACUGCAGCACGGGGCACAGGCAAGUCUGAGUUCACUGUGAUCGUGACCGAACCAAGCUAGGGGGAGUAAACUGUUCCAGUUGCUCCCUCUUUCCAGUCUGCAGCAAGCCGGCUCAGGGCCAGAGCGUCACAAAGAGCAGGCCCUUCUAUUGAGCUAGUCAAAUGAAUGGGUCAUGGGAACGGAGGGUCCCUGGACCAGCAAAGGGAGUCACUCCUGAGCAGAGAAAAGGAACUCCACCCUUGCUAAUGGGGAGAGAGUUUGACCAUGGCUUUUAAAGUGUUUUAUAGUAAUUACCUUUCCUAGGACAUCUGAAAGCUCCUCCGCUCGCUGACUGUCCAUUUGAGGGGCUGCAUGGGAAUCUUGCAAUGCUAAUGGAGAAGUGCUAAGAAUAGCAGAGUUAAAUCAGUGGCUCCUUCCUCCCAAGCUGCCUGUAGGAACAGCUGCCCGUAGCCACAUUAGUAUUUCAACAGCGGAGCCUCAGAGGGGCUGGAGCAGGUGGCUUUUCUAGGAAGUGGGAGGCCAGUUGUGUUUAAAAGUAGGGCGGUAGAAAGCAUGUGAAGUUCUGAACCCCCUCUCCAAGCAUGCAACACCCACAGUCUGGGCUUGGUUCCCCCCAGUGUUCAGGCUCUUAAAUAAAGGCCAGACUUUCAAAAGUUCCCCACACCUCCCAGUGGGCCUCAUCCAGGUUUCCAGGAGACCUCAAACCCCAGCAGGCUGAGUGAGCGCUUUUGAAAAUCUGGCUGUUAUUUUGAUGCCUUAAAAACAGGGAGCUGAUCCCUGCUAGCCUUGGGAUGCUUGUAGUGAGCACGUUACCACCACAAGAGGACGCUCCUGUGAAAACCACACCAGCUCAAGUCUGACAGGAGUAGCACAGCUGAUAUGAAAACUGUCCCGUGUGUUUCAUACUGAUCCAAACCCCUCAGAUGGGAGGGGUGGGAACAGGGUGACACUCCAACAGAAACCACCACGCCUGUUUUUACAGAAGUUUUAGUUUUUAUUUAACUUUUAAUAAAUUUUAACUUUUAAAAAACUCAA